AUGGCAGCUGCUCAGGGGGAAGACUGCUGCCCAGAGCCUGGCACCAUCGGGCUGGCUGAGGCACAUUGCCAGGCCAAUGACUCAAAUCCAGGCAAGAAGCCUGGAUCUGUGAGCAAGGAAAGCUGUGGCCUGCUGAAUGCUUUGGAUAAUCAGAGGGAAGAGUGUAUCCACAGAGGAGAGACUGGCUUCGUAGAACCUGGUGGGAGCAUAACCAGGGAGCUGGCGUUUGGCUGGGCAGCGGCUGAGGAACUGCGGGACGGCGGGACGCAGAGCCGCCUGGUGUCCAGGGAGCUCCCCGCCUCAGCCCCGCCCCAUCCGGGGGAGGGGCCCGCCCGCACCCGCGGCCGCCAGCGGGAGCUGAGCGGGGGGUCGGGAGCGCGGCGCGGGCGCGGUGGCGGGCCCCGAGGGCGGGGUCCGGCGGCAGGUGCGCGGCGCGGACUACAAGUCCCAGCAUGCCCGGCCGCCCUGACCCGGCCCCCGCCGCCGCUUAAAAGGCUUCGGGAGCCGAAGCCGUCGGGUCGCCGCGGCUUUCGCUUUGCCGCCGCAGCUGGGCGGGAGGGAGCGGCGGACUCGGCUGCCGGCUCUCCCGGCGUCCCGGUUCGGGCAGCGCCGAGGGGCGCUUCUGGUCCAGCCCUUCCAGUUCGGGGGUUCCCUGCCGAGGCGCCCGCGCCCCCGGGCUCCCAGCCUCGGCCGCCGCGGCCCCGAUGCCUAGGCAUGGAUAGAGCGGCGCUGCGCGCGGCGGCGAUGGGAGAGAAGAAGGAGGGCGGUGGCGGGGGGGAUGCGGCGGCCGCGGAGGGAGGCGCCGGGGCCGCGGCCAGCCGGGCGCUGCAGCAGUGCGGGCAGCUCCAGAAGCUCAUCGACAUCUCCAUCGGCAGCCUGCGCGGGCUGCGCACCAAGUGCGCCGUGUCCAACGACCUCACCCAGCAGGAGAUCCGGACCCUGGAGGCGAAGCUGGUCCGGUACAUUUGUAAGCAGCGGCAGUGCAAGCUGAGCGUGGCUCCCAGCGAGAGGACCCCGGAGCUCAACAGCUACCCCCGCUUCAGCGACUGGCUGUACACCUUCAACGUGAGGCCGGAGGUGGUGCAGGUAUGCAGGUCGGGGCUGCACAGGGGUAGGCAUGAAGGACCAAGAAGAGGGCACACGCACACACCGCAGGGCUAGCUUCCCCAUGGCUAAGGGGUGAUGCACUCUACUCUUGAGAAGGAGGAUGGGGAGGGACAGCAGCAGCCGGGAGGGAUCCAGGGUACAUGUGGCUCGGACAGGCGCCCUGGGAGCUAUUGCCUGAUGAGCUAGGGCAGCGCCACACUGGCCACUGAUUUGUUCACCACACUUACAACAGUCAGCAUUUAUGGAAGCAUAGCUGCGUGGCAGACACUGUGUUAAAUGUUUCUGUGUUUUGUAGGACAGACAAUCUCACUUCUCAUGAAAUCCUAUAAGGAAAUUACUAUCAUCGUUGCCAUUUUAUACGUGAGGAAAGUAAAGCACAGAACGGUGAAGUAAGUUAUUUAAAAUCACACAGCUAGUAAAUGAUAGCCUUGGAAUUUGGAAACCAGAGUCUGAAUUUAGUUUAGUCUUCAAACUGCUACAAUAUGCUGUCUUCCUUCCAUUGUUCUCUCUGCCUGUCUAUGUAACCUACCCACCUGUCAGCCAGCCAACUAACCAACCAGCCUGCCCUGAUGUGUGCUGUGCCAGGUGCCAGGAGUGCAGGUCAGCUCUCAUGGGGUGCAGGUCAAUCCUACUUGGCAGGUGCGGUUCACCCAGUCAGAUCUCAUAAAUCCCCUACUUCUACCCCAAAAUUAAUAAUACUAGCUUUUGUUACUGUGUAAAAAGUAGCAUGAAUGCAUAAUAUGUAGAUACUUUGGAAACAGAGAAGGAAAUAAAUCACAUGCAUACUCUCUGCCACUCAGAAAAUCUAUGAUCAUCAAGGUUGGCGUUUUUUUUUUUU